AUGGACGUCUCGAAACUCAUGCAGACCUGUUCAAUGGGCAUACUUUGCCCUCCUGAGGACACUGGCCCGUGUGACAAAGCCCCUCAGGUCGCAAGGAUCAAAGUUCAGCUGGAAACAUACAGGCUUUGGCAACAGUUUGAUCAGCUUGGCACUGAGAUGAUAGUUACAAAAGCGGGGAGGAGGAUGUUUCCGACAUUUCAAGUGCAUAUCACUGACAUGGACCCAGCUGCAGAGUAUGUUCUCCUCAUGGACUUCAUUCCAGUGGAUGACAAGAGAUACAGGUACGCCUUCCAUAGCUCUUCAUGGCUCAUAGCAGGGAGUGGAGAUGUCGCAAUCCCAGGAAGAGUGCACUUUCACCCAGAUUCACCAGCACGCGGGGCCCAGUGGAUGAAACAAACCGUCUCAUUUGACCGCCUCAAACUUACCAACAACCUUCUGGAUGAUAAUGGCCAUAUCAUCCUGAAUUCCAUGCACCGGUAUCAACCACGACUGCAUGUAGUGCUUGUGGACCAAAGUAGGGACAGUCAGCGUUCAACUCACCGCAACUUCUGCACUUUCUCCUUCCCAGAAACACAAUUCAUUGCAGUCACCGCCUACCAGAACCACAGGAUCACACAGCUAAAGAUAGCCAGCAAUCCUUUUGCUAAAGGCUUCCGCACUACAGACACUAAUAACUGGGCUGCAGAAGAGUCCAAGUCUCACCUUGCUCAUUCUCUUUUGCCCUUGUACCCUCAAGAGAUCACACAACACCCAGGCACUUCUCCUAAGGAGCAAAGGACAACAGAAAAACAGCAUGUAAUCCAGGGAGUGUCCAGUACUACUGAGAGGAAAAAGACAGGGAGACAUGCUCAUGUCCACACAGCUCCUAUUGUCCCUCUGUUUCACUGUCAGUGGGAUGGUCUUCGGCAACCAGAACGAAGCCACCUUAACUGAAGAAAAGUCAGUGUGUUUAUGUUAAACUUAUGUUUUACUGUUGUCUUUACAGCUGUCUUAUAAUCUCCUAAUAGUGCAUGAUGUGUGUAAUGAGAAGUGUUUUGUUUGCGUGUGUGUAACUAUUUAAAAUCUCCAUUGCUUUCAUGAUUGUCUCUCACAGUGACAAAAUAAACUGCUGGUUUUCCUUGGAAUCAAUUAACAUUGUAUUAUAGAAUAGAAUGCCUUUUAUUGUCACUGCACAAAUGUACAA